ACUACAUAACAGUUAGUUAAACAGUCAUCUUCAUGCCAUGUUAGUCAGGCCAUGGAAGUUUCUAUAAAUACUUGUACUCACCGCCUAGCAAACCAUGUCAUAUUUGUUCUGCUGCAUCCUGAAACCACACAUCAUAUUUCCCCACAACUCACAAUGACAGUCACUGCACAACUUCCGAUCGUUGACCUCUCUUCACCGGACCACUUAUCACUCGCCAACUCGAUCCGCCGGGCAUGUGAGGAAUAUGGAUUUUUCUACCUUAUCAAUCAUGGAAUAGAGAAAGGUUUCAUCGCUGAAGUUUUUGAAGAAAGCAAGAAACUUUUCUCACUUCCUUUGAAUGAGAAAAUGAAAUUGUUUCGCCAGAAUUACAGAGGCUACGUUCCAUUAUACUCUCAGAAUUUUGAUUUUGCUUCUCGUAAUUCUAAAGGUAGUGCAAAUGAAAGUUUUUCUAUUGGUCCUUUGGAAAAUAGUGAAAAUCGGUGGCCAUCGGAAGAAGUUCCCCCAUCAUGGAAACCAACGAUGGAAGCUUAUCACACAAACCUUCUGUCCACGGGAAAACGAGUACUGUCAUUGAUGGCUUUGGCUCUGAAGUUGGAUAAAGAUUACUUUGACAAAAUAGGAGCACCGCAAGGCACUCUUCGCCUCUUACAUUAUCCAGGUGAAGUGGAGCGUUCUGAGGAAGAGAUAUUGAGCGUUGCGGCACAUUCAGACUUCGGAAUGAUCACUCUUCUGAUGACCGAGGGUGUGCCAGGGCUUCAGGUUUGUAGAGACAAAUUCAAGGAAACACCGACCUGGGAGAAUGUUUUACAUAUGGAUGGGGCCUUCAUUGUCAACAUUGGAGACUUGAUGGAGAGAUGGACUAAUUGUUCUUUUCGGUCCACAUUGCACAGAGUGAUCCCGGCAGGACAAAAACGCUACUCCAUGGCAUACUUUGUGAAUCCGAACCCUGAUUGCAUUGUCCAAUGUUUGGAAAGUUGUUACAGUGAAUCGUGUCCCCGAAGGUUUCCUCCAAUUCGCAGUGGAGACUAUAUAAAGGAGCUGCUGAGGUUAACAUAUGACUCAUAGAGUGAAGCCUUAGGAGCGAAAUUGGUUGCUGAAAUAUCGAGUUCCAUUGAAGUUAUAACAGUUACAUAUUUGGUGUACUAUGGAGUACUUUAUCAUUAUCCAGUGUGUGAAUGUCGUACUUUAUUAAAUAAUUUGGUAUUUAAUGCUUAAUUAAGUAAAGUUUGGUACUUAUGUUCAUAUUGUAUUUGGCCUAAGUGCAAAAUUA